GAUAGCACACGGUGCCUCGCGACGUGCCCCCGCGACCCCCGAGGCAGAGCGGGUUUCUCGAACGCGCCCAGGAAACUCUCUCGAGACACGCGGUGACAGGAGCGCCGCCCCGCGAAGCGGUGCGAAGUGAUGUCGGCGGUCGUCGCGGCUAAGGAGGCGCCCCCGGUCCCGGCGACCAAGGACGCGCCCCCGUCGCCGAGCAAGAAGGAGAAGGGGAGCGAGGAGAAGAAGAAGCGACGAGGGGGGCGGGCGAACCGGUCGAAGAAGGACAAGGACAAGGCCAAGGAGGCGGACGCGGAGGCGACGAAGUCGUCGUUCGACUGUUCUUCCGCCAUCGCCAAGGUCUCCGAGAGCCUCUGGGUCUCAGCGGUCUCCGGCACGCGCAUGGGCGCGAGCCUCGAGGCGACGCUCCUCGAGUGCGGCGUGACCGCCGUCGUGUCGACGCUCGACAAGUCGCAGCCCCUCGAGACCUUCACGUUCCUCGACGUCGACACCUCGGCGCCGGAGUGCACCGGCGCGCUCCACGAGGCGUGCGACUUCAUGAACGAGAACAUCGAGGAGGGCGGCGCGGUCUUCAUCCACAGCCGGAGCGGCUUCGCGCGGAGCGAGUGGGCCGUGGUGCUCGUCGUCGGCUACCUCGUCAAGUACGAGUCCGUGAAGCUCCGCGACGCCGUCGAGCGCCUCGCGGCCGCGACGAAGCGCGCGAUCGCGCCCGCGAGCCGCUUCCGACGGGAGCUCGCCGAGUUCGAGGAGGAGGCCCUCGGCGAGGCGUCCGUCGACGAGGAGUGGAUCGAGGACGCCGCGGACGUCGACGACAUCAACCACACGCUGACCGACACCACCAUGGCGUCCUUCGGCGCGAGCGACACGUCGGAGACGGACACGGACACGGACGCUUUGGGCAUCGCCCGGGCGCGCGGCCCGGCGCCGGCGCCGGCGCUGAGCCCCGUGCCGGCGAGCCCGUCCUUCGGCAUGGGCGACACGACGACCGACGCCGAGUCGUCCGGCGCCGAGGGCCUCGGCAUCGGCCCGCCGCGGCCGUCGUCGGCGGCCCCGGCCCCGGCCCCGAAGCCCGCGCCGCCGCGCCAGCCGACCUUUGGCGCCGGCGACACGACGACGACGGAGGGCGAGACGACGGACGCGCCGGACGACGAGGAGCCGUUCGUGUCGGGCUUCGGCGACAUGGGCAGCGACACGGAGGACGAGGACGGCAACGUGAAGCUCGACGCCGACGGCAACCCGCGGAAGUCGCGCUGGGACACGUCCCACAUCCCCGACAACUGGAAGGAGGGCCUCGACCCCGACGACGAGCGGCUCCGCGGCGGGCCGUUCUACCGCGACCCCAACUUCAAGGGCGAGUUCACGGUGCCCUACCCGGACUUCAAGGCCGACAUGGACCACAAGAUCGAGGGCAAGUGCCACUACGCGUUCCUCAUGGGCAACCCCUGCCACUGGAUCUGCUGCGCGUGCGACUACGGCAUGUGGGAGGAGUACGUGGGCUUCCGGAGCCCCGUGGGCUGGCAGAAGGGCAUGCACCCGGAGGUCGCCGACACGCUCUGGGAGGUCUUCCAGUCCGACAAGCCCCAGGCGGAGAAGGACGCGGUCUACAAGCACCUCGCGGACAUGUGCCGCCUCUCGCUCGGCGAGGGCACGGAGUGGGACACGAUCCUCAAGUGGACGCGCACGGGCAACCGCUACCACGACAAGAUGGUCGAGGGCUCGAAGCUCCCGACGCCCAAGAACGUCUACGGCCACGGCUGCAAGAAGGGCAAGAACUUCUCCGUGGGCGUCAUGAUCGGCUUCGAGCGCGGCGACCUGCUCUACGGCGACGCGGCCGAGGGCCUGUCGAAGCCGCCCUUCAACGACUACGAGGGCAACUCCCUCGAGGCCAUCAACGCCGGCGAGGACAACUGCAUGGUCAUCUACUGGAUGCUCGACCCCCACUACGGCCAGCACCGCCUCUACAUGUGGGUCUGCCACCAGUAUUCCGCGCGGCAGCAGUGGGGCAUCUGGAACCGCAUCAUCAACAAGCCCCUCCUCCGCGAGGGCUACGUGCCCCCGCCGCCGAACCCGGAGAUCGACCCCCGCGCGCCCAAGGUCGCGCCCGACGCGAACAACGACCCCCUCGACUCCGUCGAGUAG